AUGGACUUCUCGGCGCUCUUCAAUGACCCCUUCCUCAGCGACUUUGACCUGCAGCUGGUGACGUCAGAAGGGUGUCAUGAAGUGCAGCGCUACCCGGUGCACGGAGCCGUGCUGGCGGGGCAGAGGGGGUGGGCCCAGCCCAGCUCUGGGCAGUCGCAGGCGCUGCUGCAGAACUGGACCUGCUCCAGCGCGCGCCUCAUCAGCAUCAAGGUGCAGGGCGGGGCGGAGCAGGAUGCGGCAGACAUGAUGCUGCGGUGCGCCUACUCGGGCAGCGUGCCGGCCGAGGCGACGCCGGAGCAGCUUUUGGCCUGUAUGGUGCUCGCGGACAGGUACCAGCUGCGGCACUGCGUCGAGGUCUGCCGCCGCGCGAUCCACGCCGUCGACAGCGCCCGCGUCAGCUGGCCGGCCACGCUGGCGCUGCUGCACCUGCCGCCGGGGCUGCAGGAGGUCGACGCGUUCAGCAGCCUGGCGGAGCUGCCGCGCGGCGCGGUGGAGCACCUUGUGCGCGCCCAGGAGCUGCGCACGGUCAGCGAGAACGUGGUGUUCCUCGCGGUUGCCAGCUGGCUGCGCGCGCGCGCGCGGGCGGCUGCGGCGGCGGAGGGCUCGGCGGGGGAGGCGGCGGCGGCGGCGGAUGCGGACCACCUGCUGAGGCUGGUGCGGUACGCCCACAUGAGCGCCAACUUUUUGGCGGCUGUCGCCUCCCACGAGCAGCAGCUGCGGCGCCACCCGGACUUCCAGCCCUUCCUCCUGGAGGCCACCCAGUACUCAAUGGCCAGCGAACAGCAGCGCGCCGCAAUGCAGUCCGACCCGCGCUGCGGGCGGCUGCUGCCGCGGGCGCGGGGCGGGGAGGGCACCACGAGUGCCUUCACCUCGUACAUCGCGCGGGACGACCUGCACACCGCUAUUAGUAAGUACCGGGCGAGCAGCUGCCGCGACGCUUACUACCUGCUGACUGAGGGGCACUGCUGGAACGGCUUCACCUGGCGGCUCAAGGUGGGGGCAUGA